CAAUUUCGUUGCGCAAUUUGUUUGAGUUUACGCCUCACGUCACGAUACGAAAGUGCGCGACGAAUUUUUCUGAUGAUUGAUCAUUGAUAGCAAAUCUUAUAACCAAGCCAUGGAUGGGAAACGGAAUUCAGACUCAUCUUCAUAUUCUAAUCAUCACCUGAAACGUAAUCUUCAUGAUGAGAAAAGUAACUCGGAUGAUGACAGCUACGUCCCAUAUGUGCCUCUGAAAGAAAGACGGAAACAGAAGGUUGUCAGGAUCCAAAAGCUUGUGACUCGUAGGGUGGUUGAGCCGGAUGAUGAUGGACAGAACAGAUAUUUAGAAGAGGAGGAUCUGGACACUGGGCCUAGAGCCAAUGUUAGUCUUCUUGAUCAACACUCUGAACUCAAGAAAAAGGCAGAGAGUACCAAAUCAACAGCAUUGGACAAACAACUGGAAGAAGAACAGAAGAUUCUCAACAACAUCCAGGAACAAAGAGCUCUGAAAACUGCAGCAGAAUUGGCCAAAGGCAUCACAUACUCGGAUUCACUUGUUACAGGAUGGAGACCACCAAGAUGCAUCACGGAGUUGGGUGAGGCCAGACACGAGAGGGUACGCAAGAAGCUUCAUAUACUGGUAGAGGGUUACGACAUACCCCCUCCUAUCAAGCAUUUCAAGGAGAUGAAGUUUCCCAAGAGCAUCAUAUAUGGACUGAAGAAGAAGGGAAUCACUCGGCCUACACCGAUUCAAAUACAGGGUCUACCUGUAAUACUUGAAGGUCGUGACAUGAUCGGUAUAGCUUUCACCGGUUCCGGGAAGACACUUGUCUUCUCUCUACCUAUCGUCAUGUUUUCUUUGGAACAGGAGAAGAGAAUGCCGUUCAUCAAAAAUGAAGGUCCUUAUGGUCUUAUCAUCUGUCCAUCUCGUGAGUUGGCACGCCAGACCCACGAUGGUAUCAUGCACUUCAUCAAGUGUUUAGAAGCCGACAAUCAACCUUCCCUGAGGAGUAUGUUAUGCAUCGGUGGUGUGUCUGUCAAAGAACAAAUGGAUUCAGUGAGAAAAGGUGUUCACAUAGUUGUAGCUACACCAGGACGGCUGAUUGACAUGCUGAACAAGAAAUGCUUCUCAUUAUCUGUAUGUCGGUAUCUCUGUCUGGAUGAAGCCGACAGAAUGAUUGAUUUAGGAUUCGAAGAAGAUAUCCGAACAAUUCUCACAUACUUCAAGAGUCAGAGACAGACACUCCUCUUCAGUGCUACCAUGCCCAAGAAGAUCCAGAACUUUGCAAAGAGUGCCCUCGUCAGGCCCGUCACUGUCAACGUGGGUCGAGCUGGAGCAGCCAGUCUUGACGUCAUUCAGGAAGUAGAGUAUGUGAAGCAAGAAGCAAAGAUGGUUUAUCUCUUAGAGUGUCUUCAGAAAGCACCGCCCCCGGUUCUUAUUUUUGCUGAGAAGAAAGCAGAUGUAGAUGACAUCCAUGAGUAUCUUCUCCUUAAAGGAGUUGAAGCAGUCGCUAUACAUGGAGGAAAAGAUCAAGAGGAAAGAACCAGAUCAGUUGAGCAGUUCCGAGCACGAGAGAAGGAUGUCUUGGUUGCUACAGACGUUGCCUCUAAAGGUUUGGACUUUCCAGACAUUCAACACGUUAUCAACUAUGACAUGCCAGAAGAUAUUGAAAAUUAUGUUCACAGGAUUGGACGUACUGGCCGAUGUGGAAAGACUGGUAUAGCUACAACAUUCAUUAACAAAGCUUGUGAUGAGUCUGUGCUGCGUGAUCUGAAGCAUCUGUUGAUUGAAGCCAAGCAAAAACUCCCUCCAGUACUAGAAGCUAUUGAAGAUGAGAAUGAGGAAUAUAUCAAUAUCGGAGAUGAGCGUGGUUGUUCAUACUGUGGUGGUCUUGGUCACAGGAUUACAGAGUGUCCCAAGUUGGAAGCCAUGCAGAACAAGGCAGCUAGCAGUAUCGGCAGGAGAGACUACCUAGCUCAUGGAGCUGCAGACUGGUGAGCUGGAGACGUCCGAACUGUCGUGCAACAGAAAUUGUUUCCUCAAGACUUUUAUGGAAAUAUCUGUGCUAUAAUGAUGUACCAUUCCAAAAUGCUGAAGUAAUUGACCUUGAGGUUUUAAGGAGCUGUAAUCCUGCAGUAUUAUGCUUCUAGGAUUCUCAUGUUGGAAGAGACCGUCUGAUGGAUGCAAAAAGGAAGUCACAGCUCUGAACGAGUCAAAGAGCAGGCAUAGAUAUCAUCCAGGAGCACUUCUGUCCUAUGAUGAAACCUACCGGGAAAUGUUCUGUUUUCAGCAAAAACUGAACCAUUCAUUGACCAGUCAAAGAUGUUAUCAAGAGGCAAUUCUGUCCUAUGGUACAGCCAUCUGGAGAAUAAAUAGUCAUUCACAUGCGCAAUAUUCCCGCAAAUGUGAAUGCUUGUGUAGACUGUCUGAUAAAACCAAGAGGGAAGUCAUUGCGCUGAAUCGUUCAGAUAGCAGCCAGAUAUAUUGUGGAGAGGCAUUUCUGUCCUAUGGUACAGCCAACUGGGGAGUUCACAUAUGCUGUGUUUUUGUUUCUGAAAAUUUGAAUGCUUGUGUAGACUGUUCAAUGGAUGCAAGUGGGAAUUCACAGCACUGAACUGUUCAUAGGGCAGUCAGAAAUAUCAUUCAGAGGCAAUUCUGUCCUGUAGUGCAGCUACCUGGGCCCAUCGUACAAAGAGUUAUGAUUGAUCUUAUCAAUCUCAACUGUAUGGAAAUCCAUCCAUGCCAUAAUUUUUUUCUACAGGAAAUUUGCACGCUUUCCUUACUAUUCCAAAGAGACUCACACUGAGUCUUCAAGAGAACGAUGAAUGUAUGAAUAUACAUCAGAUCUAGGAAAUAUUUUGUACAAAUUUGCAUGUUAGAUGUUGAUGUUGCUGGCCGUCCAUAGUUGUGAUUGAUUAGAUCAAUCGCAACUCUUUGUAAGACAGGCCCAAGGUAACUAAACAGACAUUCACAUGUGCAGUGUUCUGGUUGGUUUUCAGUAAAUUUGAAGGAAGGUGUAGCUUUCUCUGAAUGCUUACCUAAAUCGACAAUGAAUCGGUAUGGCUAACUGGUUAGGAUGCGUGUGGAUAUAAGCUGUAGUUGGAAUAUGAUAUUGGGAAGCCAUCAUGAAACUUAACUCUAAAUUGACAUGUAUAUAUCAAAACAUGGUUGCAUCAUGCAACCUUCUGAAAGCUCUGAGGUGUAGAAAGUAUUGUACGGUAGUGCUCGUGAAGGCUUGCCUCACACUUCGCUGUUAUGAAGGAUACAUCUAUUCUUUAGUCCUGGGAGUUGACAUUAUUUGUGCAACAAAAUUUGAAUUCUGUUUUACAUAGUGUAUGUCAACACAUUCUUUCGCUUAUUGCUAUUAAGCAAACCAUAACAACAUCAGUUUAUUUUUGUCUCAAUGAAAGCUAUCCCAAUGUAGCUAUCAUUUUUCAGAUCCUUAGAUUUGUAGUUAUCAUCAAUGAUAUUUUCAAUAUUUGCAACUGCCAUAUGAUUAGUUUUAGGCUUUUGUUAACAAAGGCGCUAGCUAGUUAAUUUUCAAAUUUUCCUUUAAUCAAUAUUCAUUUCAGGUUGUGCAUACGUGUGCAGAUGCCUUCAUGGAACAGAUAAUGUUUCCUGAAGCUCACUUUCCUGUCAUUAUCAACUACAAGUUGAAAUACUUUUUUCUUAUAUCCAUUGCUCCUCAACUGCCUGGUAUUUUUCAUUAAUAUCAUGAAAGAUUAUAUUUGAUGAGCAGUAAUAAAUACAUAAAUAGAAUCAGUAA